CUUUAUCAGUCGUUUAAAAACCAUAUUUGCGAUUGGUAAAGAUAACACAAGAGACUCUGCGAUAAUGGAUAGGAGACAAUUGGCGGACUGGAAACGACUCCUGCGUGUGAUGGAGAUGGUCGCCGAAUUACCAAUCUACCACCAGAGAGGAAGAGGAGGCGGUGGUAGAAGAGGUAGAGGCAGUAGGGGUCGCGGUACGGAUGGAGGGAGAGGCCGCGGCACCUACAGGAGGUACAAAUGGUGGCGGGGAAGGAGGGCGGCGGUGAAGGCGCCGGUGGUGCAGGAGGCGGGGGCGUCUACGCAAGGGGUACCGGAGGCGCCUCCAGCAGAGGCCGUCCGGCCAAACGAGGUGGUGGUUGAGGAGGAAACAAGGAUGGACGUGGCGGGCCCAGCACCCUCUCCACCUCUGAAAAAAAAAAUUGAAUAAAGGGAUUGAAACGAU